CCAAGUGAUGAACAAGCAGACGAUCACCAAAGUGUUCAUAUACAACAAGACAGUCCACAGGAGGCAAUGAUUUCUGUGAACUUGGAACAUAAGCAUCCAAGUGAUGGACAGCAACUGGCUGCUGCUGCUGAACCUCGGCCACCUGGAAAUGAGGAAGAACAACAACCAGUUACAAGUGAAGAUGUCAGUGGCACAUAUCGACAAAAACAAAUUUAUGAUGAGUUAGAUGCUAACAUCGCUCGACUGAAGGAUAUUGACAUUAAACGAAAUAAUGCCAAAGCUAAAAGCCCUGUUGUAAUUAAGGUUGACAAGGAUGUAGACAUACAUGUAGUUCACCAGGAUUCGACCGCAAAUUCACAACAAGGACUCCAAGCAGACGAUCACCAAAAUGUUCAUAUACAAGGCAGUCCACAAAAGGCAACGAUUUCUCUGAAACUGCAAAGUACGCAUUCAAGUGAUGAACAACUGGCUGCUGCUGAUGUCCCACAACAACCAGUUACAAGUGAAGAUGUCAGUGGGAAAUAUCCACAAAAACAGCAAUACGGUGAGUUAGAAGAUGGGUUAGAUGCUAUCAUAGCUCGACUGGAGGCUAUUAACUUCAAACGAAAACAUCCCGAAGCUGUUGUAAUUAAGGUUGACAGGCAUGUAGACGUACAUGUAGCUGGCCAAGGUUCGAACAAGAAUUCGCAACAAGGACUCCAAGCAGACGAUCACCAAAGUGUUCAUAUACAACAAGGCAGUCCACAAAAGGCAACGAUUUCUUUGAAACUGCAAAGUACGCAUUCAAGUGAAAAUAAAGAUGAGUCAGACGGUCAUAGUGAGGAUGAAGAUGAAGAUAGUGAGAAUGAAGGUGGAUUUAGUGAGGAUGAAGUUAGUGUGAAUGAACAUGAAGUUAAUGAUGAUGAAGGUGGAUUUAGUGAGGAUGAAGUUAGUGUGAAUGAAGAUGAAGUUAAUGAUGAUGAAGGUGGAUUUAGUGAGGAUGAAGUUAGUGUGAAUGAAGAUGAAGUUAAUGAUGAUGAAGGUGGAUUUAGUGAGGAUGAAGCUAAAGCUAGUGAAACUGGUUAUGACCUUUAUAACAAAUAUUACUUAGAAAACAAUUAUCGUGUACUUGACUCAUUGAAAAACGGAAUUCUGGGAUAUUUUGGACUAAUAAAAAAGGCGAUUGAAGAUAAUAAAGCCUAGAAUUCUACUAGUUUGAAGACCGAAAACAAACAAAAUAAAACAAUUGUGUUUAACAAACCUGUCACUAUCACUGAGACGAUCAAGACAAAACAGCAAGUCAGAUAGAUGUGACUCGUUUGUAAACAGAUGUACAGUAACUCCAUAUUAUUGCAUGUGAAAGAUAAAACAUUAAAAUGGCAAGAAGAACCAAAUAGAAAGUUUAUAAAGAAAACGUGCAAGUGAAGCGAUGCUGAAAGUUAAACAACAACAACAACCAAAAAAAUCACAAAAGCGAGAGAAGCCAAACAGAAAAGUAAAAGACAUGAGUAUGAGGAACCAGACACAAAGAUCAAAAAGUAAAAGUAUGAGGAACCAAACACAAAGGUCAAAAAGUAAAGAUUACGAUGAACCAGACACAAAGGUCAAAAUGUAAAGUGUAUGAGGAACCAAACACAAAUAUCAAAAGGUAAAGAGUAUGAGGAACCCAAACAGAAAAGUUAAAAAGUAAAGAGUACGAGGAACCAAACACAAAGGUCCAAAAGUAAAGAGUACGAGGAACCAGACACAAAAGUCAAAAAGUAAAGAGUACGAGGAACCAGACACAAAAGUAAAAAAGUAAAGAGUACGAGGAACCCAAACAGAAAGGUCCAAAAGUAAAGAGUACGAGGAACCAAACACAAAGGUCCAAAAGUAAAGAGUACGAGGAACCCAACACAAAGGUCAAAAAGUAAAGAGUACGAGGAACCCAACACAAAGGUCAAAAAGUAAAGAGUACGAGGAACCAAACACAAAGGUCCAAAAGUAAAGAGUACGAGGAACCCAACACAAAGGUCAAAAAGUAAAGAGUACGAGGAACCCAACACAAAGGUCAAAAAGUAAAGAGUACGAGGAACCAAACACAAAGGUCCAAAAGUAAAGAGUACGAGGAACCCAACACAAAAGUAAAAAAGUAAAGAGUAUGAAGAAUCAAACCCAAAGGUCAAACGGUAAAGAGUAUGAGUAACCCAAACAGAAAGGUAAAAGAAUAUGAGGAACCAAACACAAAAGUCAAAAAGUAAAGAGUAUGAGGAACCCAACACAAAGGUCAAAAAGUAAAGAGUAUGAAGGACCCAAACAGAAAGGUAAAAAGUACAGGCUUGAGGAGCCAAAGAGACUAGUCAAAAAGUAAAUGAACCAGAGGUUCUUAAACAGACUAUUAAAAAACCAACAUCAAUGAAAGCGUAACUAAAAGGCACAACGAACCAAAUGUUACAAUAAAACAGUCCACCACCGAUAAGAAACAAAAGGAACAUUACAAAAAAAUGACUGUUUGUCCAGGAAGACGUGAAACUAGGAAAACAGAAACGAAAAAGAAACCCUGAGCAAAAUACAGAAAAAGAAGAUACAGUUCCACCAGUAAACCUGAGAACAAGAUGAUUAUAAAAUAUGCAUAAUAUUCAAAUGAGAUCUCUAUAUCGGGUAGAUAGGUGAAGAUACAUUUGCUGGGUGAUGUUGAUGAUAAUGUCUAUGACUGUUAUUCCGUGAGGGUUGGUUACUGGGUAGUACCCAUCAAGACUGAGCUUGUAUAAGGACCAGCUGUUCUCAGGAAAGGAACCAAUGGAUUAAAAUACACACAAAAAAUUAUCACACAUGUGAGAUCAAACGAAACUACAAAUUUGGAAUAUCUAAACAGAAGAAAAAAUGGAACAUGUUAAUGAGGCAAAAUAGAAAUGUUAACAAUGAUAUAAAUGUGAAGGAUUCAAAUGAAAACCAGUUUCUGCGUAUAACCAAGAAAAACCAAUGGAUACGGAUAUAUAUUAGCAAACUUUAUUAAAAGAAAGCUAAAAUCACUUUUAACCACCCCCCCCCCCCAAAAAAAAAAACACACAAAAAACCCACAAAAAACCCACACAAAAACAAAACAACAACAAACA